AUGGAUACUGUUACUUGCGGUUUGGUUGAGAAGUUCCGAGACGUAGUGCUCGACCUAACUUGGGAGCAGCUUCUUUAUCUCAUUCAUUAUCGCAGAAACAUUGAGCACUUCAAUGAACUACUUGAGGAACUCACCCUUAGAAGAUGCUCCAUACAACAUGAAAUAGAUCGGGCUACAAACAAUGUAGAACAAAUUAAAGAGGAAGUUCGUCAUUGGUUGGCCAAAGUAGAUGAGAUAUCAGAGACAGGACGAAAGCUUCAAGAAAAGAGUCAGGUACAAACAGAGUGUAGCAUAACUUCAUGUCCCAACCCUUGGCUACGCUAUAAACUAGGCAAAAAGGCAAAGGAGAUUGCGAAAGAAGUUGUUGAAAUUUGUGGGAAGGGAAACUUUCAUGGAGUUUCAUAUCGUGUUCCUCCGCUGUCAACGGCAGAAUUAACCAACAGAGACAGCAAUGAAGGGAUUGAUUCAAGAGUACCAAUUAUGAAUCAAAUAAUGGAGGCAUUACGGAAUCCAAGUGUUAAUAUGAUCGGAUUGUGUGGGCUUGGGGGUGUUGGCAAGACCACCAUAGCCAGAGAGGUUGAAAAGAAGGUGAAGAAUCAAAAGAUGUUUGAAAAGGUGAUCAUGGCAACUGUUUCCAUAGAAUUGAACAUUGAGAAGAUUCAAGGCCAGAUUGCUGAUAAGCUGGCUAUGCAACUCAGUGAAAGAACUGAAGAUGUCAGAGCUUCUCGUUUGUGGGAGAGGUUGAACAAAGAGAAGAAUAUGCUCCUAAUAUUGGAUGACCUUUGGGAGGAACUUGAUUUGCGCAAAGUUGGAAUUCCCUUUGUUGAUGUUGAAAAUUAUAGCAGUAAGAAUGAAGGCUGCAAAAUUUUACUAACUUCAAGGAAUAAAAGGCUGCUGUCAGAUCUCAUGAAAUGUCAAGAAAUUAUCGAAGUGGGUGUUUUGUCAAAGAAUGAAGCAUGGGAGUUGUUCAAGAGGAUUGCCGAAUUUUCUAUUGAAUCAGGAAAUCCUGAUUUGAAACCUAUAGCGGAUGAGAUUGUUCAAAAGUGCGGAGGCCUGCCACUAGCGAUUGCUACAGCUGCCAAGGCAUUAAGGGGAAAAAAUCUAGAUGAGUGGAAAGAUUACCUGGCACGAUGGAAAAAUCAUUUAAGGCGAAGUGACACAGGAAUCAAAGAGGUGGAUGCCUCUUUGAAAUUGAGCUAUGAUCCUCUAAGCCAAGAGAAAAAAACUAUUUUCUUACUUGCUGCCAUGUUAACCCAUGAUCCCUCAAUUGAAGACCUGCUCAUGUACUCUGUGGGUUUAGAUAUUUUUCAAGGCAUAGAGAACAUGGAACAAGCCUAUGUUGGAAUCUCUGCUAUUGUGAGUAAGCUAAAAUCAUUAAACUUAUUUAUGGAUAGCAUUUCUAGUCAUCAUGUUACAAUCCAUGACGUCUUUCGAGAAAUUGCAUUAAAUACUGCAUCCCGUGAAUUACAUGCAUUCAUUUUGAGGCAUGAAAGCUCGAGAGAAUGGCAAGACGAAGAUGAGCUAGAACGCUACAAGGGAAUUUCCUUGCAAGAAAGUGAGAUCAGUGUUGACCUAAGAGAAGAGUUGCAUGCUCCAACAUUAGAAUUCUUUCUACUGCACAACACAAAACGUGACUUGACCAUACCCAACAUGUUUUUCAAAUCUUCGAAAAAGCUAAAACUGUUGGCAUUUACCAAUGUGCAUUUUUCGUCACUACCAUCACUCAGUUUCCUACUAAAACUAAAAACAUUGUGUCUGCACUCUUGUUUUCUAGAAGAUAUAACUGAGGUCACAAGGUUGAAGAAUUUAAAAGUGUUGAGUCUUGCUUCCUCUAAGGUUCAACAGUUACCAAUUGAAUUAGCAAUGUUGACUUCUUUACAAAUAUUGAAUUUGUCCCACUGCUUCGAACUCAAAGUGAUUCCACCAAAUGUCCUAUCUAGCUUGAAAAAAUUGGAGGUUUUGUUAAUGGAAAGCAGCUUUGGCGAGUGGAAAGUUGAAGGAUCUUGUGAAGUUGAUGAAAAUGCAAGUCUUGACGAAUUAAAGGAUUUGCCAAUCUCUUCUCUUGAUAUUCGUAUUCCUAAUGUCUCUAUGUGUCCGGAGCACUUGUUCUUAGAUAUGAAUUUGAAGAGAUGCCGAAUACUCAUUGGAAAACAUUGGAACUGGCGGGGAGGCAGUCAUGAAAGUUCAAAGAUAUUGAAAAUUGAGCUUGAGGGUAAUAUCCAUUUGAAGCCGGGGGUUCGAAAGUUGAUGGAAGGAGUUGAAGAUUUGUAUUUAUAUGGAUCUAAUGGGCUUGAAAAUGUUCUUCAGGGUAAUGAUGGAGGAGGGUUUCCACACUUAAGGCAUCUUCAGAUCAAUGGUAACAAUACUAUUAGACUGAACUCAGGACAUCAUGAAGCUGUAACAAAUAACAUAUCCAAUAACACGUCCGUGUCACUUUUGAACAAGGUGUUGCUUCCAAAAUUAGAGAUAUUGCGAUUAUCUAACUCAAUCGGUUUGAUUCCAUUGAUAUGGGAGGACCAACUUUCACACAACUCAUUUAGGAACUUGAAAACAUUGUUUGUGAAAAGUUGUGGCUUUGUGAAAUUGGUGCCCCUUCAUGUGCUGAAAUCUUUAAACAACUUGGAAGAACUAGAAGUUAGGGACUGUGACACGUUGGAGUUGGUGUUUGAUUUUGAAGACUUGAAUGAUUAUAAAGAGGCGGAGUCAUCAUCAGUGAUUGUGCCACUGAAAAAGUUAACGCUUUAUACAUUGCAAAAAUUGAAGAAUGUAUGGAGCAAUCACUAUAAAGGAGACGUCUCCUUCCCAAGUCUAAGGAGCGUGCAUGUUUCCUGUUGUGAAAGCCUCGCUAGUCUGUUUCCUGCAUCUAUAGCCAAAGGCAUGCUUUGUGAUCUUGAAGAGCUUCGAAUAAGAGAUUGUGGUAUAGAGGUGAUUGUUGCAAAAGAUCAAGUUUCAGAAUCUGUUGCUCCUCUGUUAGAGUUUCCCAGGUUGACUUUCCUUGAGCUUUCUUCGCUUAAAAAGUUGAGGAAUUUCUAUCCGCAGAGACACACAUUAGAAUGGCCACAUCUUUAUCGAUUAUCUAUUGAAGGUUGUGAUGAGUUGGAGUUAUUUGAAAAGGAAGCCUCAAGUUCAUUAGAAAUACACGAGGAAGGGAGCUCAUUAGACUCAAAAUAUCCUGUACUGUUCCAAUGCAAGGUCACUCAUAAUUUGGAGGAGUUGACAUUACGGGGUAAAGGAGCUGAGAUGAUAGGAAGUGGCCAGCUUUCCAUGUACCACUUCCCCAAAGUAAAACUGCUUCAUCUACAUGUCAGUUAUAAAGCAACGACUAUUUCGUACAAACUGUUGAAGAGCUUUCCAAACUUAGCAAAGCUGACACUGGGGGGUCACAUUGAGAAGGCUUCUGGAGGGGAUGAUGUUCCUCUUCCAAUAAAAUUGACUCUCAACUAUAUUUCCAAAAUCACAAGCUUGGUACCACUCUUAGUUUCUUCACCAAAUCUCACACAUCUCCACGUGGAAUGUUGUUAUGAGUUGACCACUUUGAUGACGUCAUCAGUUGCUCGAAGCUUGGUCCAUCUCACAAGUCUCUCAAUUAGAAGCUGCUCUAAAAUAAAGGAAAUUAUAUGGAAGCAGGAAGGAGUGGAUGAUGAUGAUGAGGAAGCCGCUUUCAGCAAGUUGCAGUAUUUGAAACUUGAACACUUACCAAGAUUGAAGAGAUUUUGCGGCUACAAUUAUACUUUCAGGUUUCCAUUAUUGGAUCAGGUGAUCAUAACAAAAUGUCCGAAAUUCAAAGUAUUCUCUCCAGGGCUCAUUGAUACACCAUCUCUUAAAAGCGUUCUACUGGAACAUCAUGAAAUUUGGGACACCAAUGUUAACAAAACAUUCUACCAACAGAGAUUUGUGGCAUCAAGAGAGAUGGUGUUAGAUGAGGAUGAUAUUAGCAUGAUAAGGAAUGACCAAUUUCCAGCCAACUGUCUUGCUCAAGUGGAAAUUCUGCGCAUAGAAGGAUUUGAUGAUGAAGGGGCAACAUUUCCGCAUACAUUGCUUGAAAGAUUUCCGCGGCUGUCUGAGCUUCGUGUGAAGGAUAGUUCUUUCGAGGAGAUAUUCCCAUCGCCAAUUGUCCAUCAAAUUCAACAACUUCAUAAUUUGAAAGUGUUGAAGGUGUUCCGAUGUCAUCAGCUCAUCUAUUUAAUGACAAAUUCAGCCGCCAAAAGUUUGGUGAAUCUUGAAACAUUGGAAAUAGAUGAUUGUGAAAAGAUGGAGAAAAUUGUAAAGAAUGAGAAUAAUGACGAUAUGGAAGGUGGAAUCACGUUCAGUGCGUUGAGAAGAUUAAAACUCAAGAUUCUCCCAAGAUUGAAAGCAGAAGAGCAUAAAACGGAUUUCAACACUGAAGACCCAGCAACAAAUAAUCACAAGGUGUCAUUCCCACAGUUAGAGGUAUUAAGAUUAGAGUCUUUAGACAGUCUGAUUCCACCGAUAUGGGAUGACAAACUUUCACACAACUCGUUUAGCAACUUGAAAACAUUGACUGUGUGGUGGUGUCGCUUUGUGAAAUUGAUACCCCUUCAUGUGCUGAAAUCUUUAAACAACUUGGAAGAACUGGGAGUCUCAAGGUGUGACAUGCUAGAGACGGUGUUUGAUUUUGAAGAUUUAAAUGAUUAUAAGGAGAUGGUGUCAUCAUCAGUGAGUGUGCCAUUGAAAAAGUUAAGGCUACAAUAUUUGCCAAAAUUGAAGAAUGUGUUGGGCAAUAAUGACUGCCAAGGAGAAAUAAACUUAGUUUCUUCACUAGAUGGUUCAUGCCAUCAAAUAGAAGAACUUAUGACGAAACAGAAAAAAGAGGAUAAUGAGGACAAGACAAUCAUUUUCAGCAAACUGGAGUUUUUGGAACUUGAUGGAUUACCAAGAUUGAAGAGAUUUUGCAACCAAUAUUAUAUUUUCAAGUUUCCAUUAUUACAAUGUGCCAUCGUAACAGAGUGCCCUCAACUCACAAUAUUCUGUUCUGGAGCCAUUCAUGCCCCGCUGCUUCAAAAGGUUCAAGUGACGACUCCAUAUGGACCUCACAUAGAUAUUUGGAUGACUGAUCUUAAUGUCACCAUCCAACAUCAGUUUACUAUUCAAGAGGUAAUUUCCACAACCAAAAGCAUGGCUUUAAAUGCAGACAAUAUCAUGAUGAUAAGGGAUGUCUUUCCUACAGUGAGAACUCUUUAUGUAGAAAGUUUCAAGGAUGAAGGUGUAACCUUUCCCCAUAGCUCCCUUGAAAGAUUUCCCAUGUUGGAAAAGCUUUAUGUGGAGCAUAGUUCCUUUGAGGAGAUAUUCCCCCCACAAGAUGAGAUUAUCGAUUUUAUGGGGAAAAUCCCACCAUUUGAGGAAUUAUACAUUGCCUAUUUGGAUCAACUCAAGAACAUAUGGAAGGACGACUCUCAGCUACCACCAAUUCAUCAAGACUUGAUAAAAUGCCUGGAAGUUGAAAGUUGUCAUAACUUGGUCAAGUUGGCACCAUCCUCUGCUUCAUUUCAAAAUUUGCGGAAGCUGUCUAUAUCUGGAUGUCAUCAACUUGUCUAUUUGGUGACAAGUGCAACUGCUAAAAGCUUGGUGAGUCUUGAAUGGUUGGGGAUAAAAGAUUGCAAAAAAAUGGAGGAAAUUGUAUUGAAUGAGAACAAUGAAGGUGUAGAAGGUGGAAUCACUCUCAACCAAUUACAACGGAUUGAACUUACUGAUAUGCCAAGCUUGAAGAUGUUCUCUUCACAAAGUCAGACAUUUGAAUUCCCUAAAUUAGAAGAGGUAGAAAUAACUGGAUGUCCUGAAAUGAAGAUGUUUUCUUUAGGAUUGUUGGAAACACCAGAGUUGUCUAGAGUAAAAAUAGAAGAGCAUGAGAUGAAGUGGAAGGAUAAAGGGGACCUUAACAAAACAGUAGAAAUGCUAUCCUCAGCAAAGGAUAGUGUUAAUAUAUAG